AUGCCCGUUACCGACGAGGACGCUGCAUUGGCGGCCGUUGCGACCCUGCAGCCGCUGUCCCCUGAGCAGGACGACGCUCUGAAGAGCAUCAACGCCAUCUUGAACAACGGCGAGCCCUUUGUCGACAUCCACGAGCUGUUCGCCCUGUAUAACAUCCUCUACUUCCGCAAACUGCUCCUCCCACGUGUCGAAGUCAUCUGGUCGCCGCGUUUGACUCUGUGCGCUGGCAUAUGUGAGCUAUCCCGGGAUCCCAAGACCAACAAGUUCACGCGCAUCCGUCUGAAGCUGUCCACGCCACUGCUGCAGUAUCGUCCUCGGUCGGAUACCAUCAACACACUGCUACAUGAAGCAAUCCACGCCUACUUCUUCAUCACCACAUCGUGGAAGCACUCGCGCGGGGAUGACGGUACUGGGCAUGGCGUCGGCUUCCAGCUGCUUGCCGACGCCGUGAACAACCACGGCAACUAUGAAGUCACCAUCUACCAUACCUUCCACGAUGAAGUCGACAGCUACCGCACCCACGUCUGGCAGUGCGACGGUCCUUGCAGAAGCCAGCCGCCGUACUUUGGCCUCGUCAAGCGAAGCAUGAACCGAGCUCCUGGCAAGGGUGACACGUGGUACUCAAGACAUCAGGCCGAAUGUGGGGGCACUUAUCACAAGAUCCAGGAACCGGCGCCGACUAAGAAACAGCUGGAGGCUAUGAGUACCAAGGAGCGGGCGGGACGGCAGAAGAAUAAGUUGGAUGGUUGGAUCAAGAAGGAUGUCAAGGUGGAGGGCAAGACUUCUGAUGUACCUAUUGUCAUUGGCGAUGAUGAAACCUCGACCAAGUCUUCGAAUGAUGGGCCAGGUGUGGCGUCUGCAGUCGUGGACGAUGUCGUCCCUCCAUCAACGCCGAUAGCUUCGAGCGCUGGCCAGAAACGGCCGCGAGAUGAGGAGCAUGAUCCUGUCAUGCAGAAGAAAUUACUUGUCGACUGCCCGAUUUGUAACGUUCGGAUAGCAGAGUCCGAUAUCAACGAGCAUUUAGAUACAAUACAUCCUUAA